AUGACGAGCGAGGAGUGUCCUGUGCCGCUGGGGAACAUUUCCCCGGCAGUGCCAGGGCAUCACGAGGAGUAUGGCUCGGCGCAGGCUGAUGACAUCAUCGAGGAAGCGUGUCCAGGCGACGACGCCAGCAUCGGAAGUGACCUGAGCACGCUUGUGGUGCCCUACCCCGAGCUGGCGCCCGUGGUCUUCUUCUGCCUCAAGCAGACCACCUGCCCCCGCAGCUGGUGCAUCCGUAUGGUUUCCAGUCCGUGGUUCGAGAGGAUUAGCAUCAUGGUCAUCUUGCUCAACUGUGUGACACUCGGAAUGUACCAACCCUGCGAGAACAUCGACUGCACCUCGGACCGCUGCCAGAUCCUCCAGGCUUUCGAUGCCUUCAUCUACAUCUUUUUUGCACUGGAGAUGGUGGUGAAGAUGGUGGCUCUCGGAAUCUUUGGUCGUCGCUGUUAUCUGGGAGAUACUUGGAACAGGUUGGACUUCUUCAUUGUCAUGGCUGGAAUGGUAGAAUACUCUCUGGAUCUGCAGAACAUCAACCUGUCGGCCAUUAGGACGGUGCGGGUUCUUCGUCCCCUGAAAGCCAUCAACAGAGUGCCAAGCAUGCGUAUCCUGGUGAACUUGCUGCUGGACACGUUACCCAUGCUAGGCAACGUGCUUCUGCUAUGCUUCUUUGUCUUCUUCAUCUUUGGAAUUAUUGGUGUGCAGCUGUGGGCGGGGCUUCUGAGGAACCGCUGUUACCUGGAAGAGAACUUCACCCUCUCUUCGGGUUUGACCCCGCCACCGCCGUACUACCGACCCGAGGAGGAUGACGAGCGCCCCUUCAUCUGCUCGCUGGCAUCUGACAACGGCAUCAUGUCAUGUUCCGACGUCCCCGCGAGGCGAGAAGGAGGCCAGACGUGCUGCCUGGACAAGGAGGACGCGCUACACAGACAAGCGCUGGGUCUCAGUCCUGAGCCCAUGGCGAACGGCAGCGGCGCCGGUGACGUCAUGGGCCUGUGCAUCAACUGGCACCAGUAUUACACCCGCUGCCACACGGGGAGCAGCAACCCCCACAAAGGUGCAAUCAACUUCGACAAUAUCGUCUAUGCCUGGAUUGUCAUUUUUCAGGUGAUCACUUUGGAAGGCUGGGUAGAGAUUAUGUAUUAUGUAAUGGAUGCCCACUCCUUCUACAACUUCAUCUACUUCAUCUUACUCAUCAUUGUUGGUUCCUUCUUCAUGAUCAACCUUUGCCUGGUGGUCAUCGCCACUCAAUUUUCAGAGACCAAGCAGCGGGAGCACCAGCUGAUGCAGGAGCAGAGGGCGCAGUGCCUUUCCUCGUCCACGCUGGCCAGCAUGGCGGAGCCGGGAGAUUGCUACGAGGAAAUCUUCCAGCUGGUCUGCCACGUCCUGCGCAAGGCCAGACGGAGAUCGGCAGCUCUCUACUACACGCUGAGGGGCAAGCCCCCGCCUGCUGGUGGAGGAAGAGGCAACAGGCGAGGUGGAAUCAAUCAGAACGGAGAACGGCACCAUUCGAGGCAUCUGAAAUUAACCCACUGUCCACACCAAAGCAAGCAAGACCAUGACUUCCAACCACUGGGAAACUCCAUCAGCGUGAAUCCACAGGACUGCCCUUUGUGUGCAUUAGCGCAGGAAGAAGGCCCGAGGACCGCGGGAGACGACGAGGACGAGGGGGACGCUGUGAAGGAGACGGACAAGGAAGAGAACCACUUAGAGGAGCGGGGUGACGCUAAUGAAGGGAAGAAGAAAAAGAAGAAAAGGAGCUGCUUUGGACACUGUAAGGACAUGUGGGACGAAAUAAGAAGGAAACUGUGGGGCAUCGUGGAGAGCAAGUACUUCAGCAGGGGCAUCAUGAUCGCUAUUCUCAUCAACACCAUCAGUAUGGGCAUCGAGCAUCACAAUCAGCCAGAGGAGCUGACGAAUGUGCUGGAGAUCUGCAACAUUGUCUUCACCAGCAUGUUCACCCUGGAGAUGAUCCUCAAGCUGACGGCCUUUGGUUUCUUUGACUACCUGAGGAACCCCUACAACAUCUUCGAUGGCAUCAUCGUCAUCAUCAGUGUGUGUGAGAUUAUCGGCCAGGCUGAUGGUGGCUUGUCAGUGCUGAGGACCUUCAGACUGCUGCGGGUCAUUAAGUUGGUCAGGUUCAUGCCCGCCCUGAGGCGUCAGCUGGUGGUUCUGAUGAAGACGAUGGACAACGUGGCAACUUUCUGCAUGCUGCUCAUGCUCUUCAUCUUCAUCUUCAGUAUCCUUGGGAUGCACAUCUUUGGUUGCAAGUUCAGUCUGAAGACAGAUGCAGGAGACACCGUGCCUGACAGGAAGAACUUUGAUUCCCUCCUGUGGGCCAUCGUCACUGUCUUUCAGAUUCUGACUCAGGAGGACUGGAACAUGGUGUUGUACAAUGGCAUGGCUUCCACCUCACCCUGUGCUGCCCUCUACUUUGUCGCGUUGAUGACCUUUGGAAACUAUGUGCUCUUCAAUUUAUUGGUGGCCAUCUUGGUUGAGGGCUUUCAAGCUGAGGGAGAUGCAAACCGCUCUUACUCCGAUGAUGACAGGUCUUCCUGUAAUUUUGAAGACAAUGAUAAGCAGAAGGACUCUCUGCACCUCUCAGACCCAAAGAUCUGCACACUGACCCCGAAUGGACACUUGGACUUGGGCCCGCUGCCUGCUAGCCUAUUUCCUGGAGAGAGGCUCAGCUUUGCUCUCGGGUCGAGGAAGAACAGUGCUAUUUCCCUUGGCAGGGCCAACCUGGACCAGAGGGCUGCGUAUCCAGGUCGCAGUUACCACAACUGGGGUCGCCCACUGCCCCGCCAGCCUCAGGCCUCAUGGGCUCGUCGCUCCAGUUGGAACAGCCUGAUCGGAGGCCGCCCCUGUUCAUCCUCAUCACCCUCAGCUAGUCCAGCCUUCACCGCCACUUCUGCCAGGACUUUCUAUGGCUACGGCUUAGGAGGCCUGGGAGGGGUCGUUGGCGGAAGUCUCCGUAUCCGAGGUCCCCGUGCCUCCUCAUCCCCACACCGUCAUCUCCACAGCAUACACCCAGAUGAGGAGGAAAGCCUACUCUCACCUCCGGCUGUUGCUUCUCACACUCUUCAUAUUCGGCAUCCUCUCCUCCAGGGACAUUUUGUACCCAGGAGGGACCGUCGGGCUUUAUCCCUCGAGCUUCCGCACCUGCUACAGGUCCCCGGGGCCCCAUAUCCACCUCCACUAUCACAUCGUCCUGUGUCCCCCGCAGUGCUGCACGCCCACCAGAGGAAGAGCUUCUCUGGGGGGUUGGUUAUCGGUGGCGAGGGUGGCUUUGAGAGUCUGAGCAUCAUCGGGGGAGUGCACCAAGACUGUAAUGGCAAGACUUCCCUGGCACAGCUUCUCCACCCACCUCUUAAACAUCAGACUGAGCAGGCUAGCAGGACAAACCACCAAAGACUGAUUUCAGAGGUUUUUCCUCAGGUGAACACGCGUAGCAAGGGGCAAGAAGACAUGGAUGAUGAGCUUGACUAUAGCUUGUGUUUCCGCGUCCAAAAGAUGUUGGAGGCGCACAAGCCAGAUUGGUGCGAGACCAGAGGGGACUGGUCAGUUUUUCUCUUCUCUCCACAGAACAAGUUUCGACAGAUCUGCCAGUCCAUCAUCGCACACAAGCUGUUUGAUUACGUGGUGCUGGCCUUCAUCUUCUCCAAUUGCAUCACAGUAGCUCUCGAGAGGCCCAAGAUCCUCCAAGGCAGCUUGGAAAGGGUGUUUCUCACCAUAUCCAACUACAUCUUUACUGCCAUCUUUGUGGGCGAGAUGACACUCAAGGUGGUUUCCAUGGGGCUGUACAUGGGGGAGCAGGCAUAUUUGCGGAGCAGCUGGAACAUUCUGGAUGGUUUCCUGGUUUUCGUGUCUUUAAUUGACAUUGUCGUGUCGAUGGCUGGCGGGGCGAAGAUCCUGGGUGUGCUCAGAGUCCUCCGUCUGCUGAGAACAUUGCGUCCUCUCAGGGUGAUCAGCAGGGCUCCAGGUCUGAAGCUGGUGGUGGAAACCCUAAUCACCUCCCUCAAGCCCAUCGGCAACAUCGUCCUCAUCUGUUGUGCUUUCUUCAUUAUCUUUGGCAUUCUUGGUGUCCAGCUGUUUAAAGGCAAGUUCUUCUACUGCUUGGGGCCUGAUGUUAAAAAUAUCACCAACAAAUCCGAUUGUCUCCAAGCCAACUACAAGUGGGUUCAUCACAAGUACAACUUUGACAACUUGGGCCAGGCCUUGAUGUCCUUGUUUGUACUGGCCUCUAAGGACGGCUGGGUCAACAUCAUGUAUCAUGGCCUGGAUGCUGUCGGUGUGGACCAACAGCCGGUGACCAACAACAACCCCUGGAUGCUGCUUUAUUUCAUCUCCUUCCUCCUCAUCGUCAGCUUCUUCGUCCUCAACAUGUUCGUCGGUGUGGUGGUGGAGAACUUUCACAAGUGCCGCCAGCACCAGGAGGUGGAGGAGGCCAAGAGGCGCGAGGAGAAACGGCAGCGCCGAAUGGAAAAAAAGAGGAGAAAAGCCCAAAAGCUUCCCUACUAUGCCAGCUACAGCAACGUGCGCCUCAUGAUCCACACACUGUGCACAAACCACUACCUGGACCUCAUCAUCACCUUCAUCAUCUGCAUCAACGUCAUCACGAUGUCCCUCGAGCACUACAAUCAACCUCACUCUCUAGAUCUCGCCCUGAAGUACUGCAAUUAUUUCUUCACCUCCACUUUUGUGCUGGAAUCCAUCCUCAAGCUCAUCGCCUUCGGCUUCAGGCGCUUCUUCAAAGAGAGGUGGAACCAGCUCGACCUUGCCAUCGUGCUUCUUUCUGUGAUGGGCAUCACACUGGAGGAGAUCAAAAUCAGCGCUGCGCUGCCAAUCAACCCGACUAUUAUCCGGAUCAUGAGAGUACUGAGGAUAGCGAGAGUCCUGAAGUUGCUGAAGAUGGCGACAGGAAUGAGAGCCCUGUUGGAUACGGUGGUCCAAGCCCUGCCUCAGGUGGGUAACCUGGGUCUGCUCUUCAUGCUACUGUUUUUCAUCUACGCCGCCUUAGGAGUAGAGCUUUUCGGAGAACUUGUUUGCAAUCAAGACUACCCGUGCGAGGGCAUGAGUCGUCACGCUACCUUUGAGAACUUUGGCAUGGCCUUCCUGACAUUGUUUCAAGUCUCUACGGGCGACAACUGGAAUGGCAUCAUGAAGGACACAUUGCGGGAGUGCCCACCAGAUCACGCCACUGAUGUGGACUACGCCUGCAAUCCCAGCCUUCAGUUUAUCUCGCCCAUGUACUUUGUCUCCUUCGUGCUCACCGCCCAGUUCGUGCUCAUCAACGUGGUGGUGGCCGUGCUGAUGAAGCACCUGGACGACUCCAACAAGGAGGCCCAAGAGGAGGCGGAGAUGGAUGCAGAAAUUGAGCUGGAGCUGGCCCAGGGCACCCUCUGUUGCAUGGGCGCCCCCGGCUGCGGAGGCGCAGGGGCGGAGAAAGGCGCGGUCGCCGCUGGAUCGGCCCCCAGCGGCGAGGACUGCAGGAGGGAGGGAGGAGGCCGAGGAGGGAGGACCCGCACGGCAGCCAGUGCAACCGCGGUGCCGUACAGCUCCUCUGAUGCCAACCGGCCAUUGUACUCGCCAGCCCAUGAAAGCCAGUGGUUGGACAGCGUAUCUCUCCUGAUCAAGGAUACGUUAGAAGGGGAGAUGCUGAUGAUCGACAAUCUCUCUGGUUCUGUCUUCCACCAUUACUCCUCCCCUCUCCCCAUCUGUAAAGACUGCAGGGGCCACCCGCAAGAGGUGACUUCCUUACACCAGAUCAGGAUGGCGGAGAUCGAGCAGGCUUCGCUGAAGUCGGAGCAACUCUCGGACAAGUCUUCUUCUCCCGCCCUCCCUGAUGACCUCAGCUUGGACGAGCAUACGGCCUACCAGCUGCUCGUACGCGAACGCAAGGUAAAGUGUAGCAGUGGCUCUUGCAGCUCUGCGGAGGCAGCAGGGGAAGGAAAUCACCAGGUCCACCAGACAGUUGUCCAGAGCCAGGUCCAAGGGCUAAGCCACAUCUCCAGGACUACCUGCAAAGUAGAGAUGGAAGCUGUGCUGCAGGAUAUAGAAAUGCAUACAAAUUCACCUAAUAUGUGCUCACCUUACUAUAGCCCAAGUGGUCUUUCCAGCGACACCAAGGAGAGAAAAACCGAGGCAAAAGAAGAAGCCAGCAGCAUCUCUCCGCUGCUGUCCCUGCCCGCUGAGUUCUUCCACUCGACAGGGGCCGCCAUCCCCACACCGCCCCGCAGCAGAAGCCUGAGGUUGUCGAGGGGCCUGAGGUUGACCUCCCCUGCUUCGUGGGCUGCAUUCCGUUCCCCUGGAGGCCAUAGCAAGAUACUGUGUACUCAGUAUCCAUCCCACAGUGACUCGUCACUCGCGACUGGCAGCUCCGAAGGCAGCCUCCAGACCACCCUGGAAGAAGGCCUUAGCUUCAGCGUCUCUCCACCGCAGAACAUGGACUUGCCAGCAGCUCCUUUACCACAUCAGUGCCCACUGCGCGAAGACGACACAAGCAUUUCUUCCCCGGUCCAGACCUUGAGACUGAGGCCGAGCCCCUCGUCGGCUUUAACCCUGCAGGCCACUAUUGGCCAACAACGGAGCCAAAGCAGCGGGCGAGGUAGCACGAGCCCGGGCUUCACACGGGAUGACUCCAUUGACCCUUCGGACGAGGACCUGGGUAUAGUCAUCGGGUCUUCCAUUGGUGGUUGCGGGUCCAGUCAAGCGGGCAAUAGUGAACACUUGUCAGAGACUAUGAGCAGCUUGUCCCUGACAUCACUGCUGUCGCCUACUUCCCUAGCAUAUCCUGGAGGAGCAGUGAAAAAGUGCAAUAGCACGGGAAGCCUGGACCAAGGGGGGAUGCUGCUGUCAUCCAGAGGACGAGAGACCCGCCGAGAGAUUCUAGGCCUGGAGCUCAUGGACCCCCAGGGUUUCUUGGCCAACCCCUGGUCGGGGGUAUUAGCCGAGGCAAGAGGAGACGGAGACGAAAUGGGAGAUGGAUCGCAAGGGUUCAGAGGGAAAAGCUCAAGCCAAACAACAGUAGGACCUUUUCGCAAAAACAGAUGAAACCUACUGCAAGCUUUUUAUCUUCUGUUCCUCGAAUAUGAACCCUUUGCUGUCCCUUGCACUCUCAAUUCCCACCAAUGAAAGAGAGGCUUGCCUGUAUUUCAAACCCUCAUCUUUCCCCCCAUGGACCCCUCUCUGUACAUUUGUGAUGAACCGAAGACCUAUUUUGUGCAAUUGUACAACCUAGGGCAUUGGUCUUGGUGGCGCUGCAGUGUGGUCAGCCUGCAAAGUUGGGGCCUAAGGGCUAAAUAAGCGCAAAGUAGAGGUUUCGACGAGAGGAACCAGGUAGCCUGUUAUUCCAGGGAGUCGUCCAGAGCUUAAGCAAGAGUUUAAACUCAAAGAGACACGAAAGCUUGGCCGCUUUUCUCCGAGGCAGGGUCAUGUUCACUGAUACUGAAAACGCAAAAAUGGAGGCGGCUUCCAAAUUGAAAUAGCUAUCCGUACCAACAGAUACUGUUUUACGAGGCAGUGCGGCAGGUAAGUUGGAAAGCGGCUUCCAGAUGACAAAGCAUACAGUCGCAAGGUUAAAGGUAGAUGAGGGAAAGGAACGUCAGGUCAUUUGUUUGGCGGCGAAGGCAGAAAGCGGAUUUAAUAUCCAUCUGUUCCGGCAGACGGAAACAACGGGUCCUGCUCGCUCUCUCUCUCUCUCUCUCUCUCUCUCUCUCUGGCUCGAGACCUUCUGCUGACAUCACGGGGGAAGCGUGGGGUGGAGGAGAGUUCACAAACGUGGGUGUGGUGCGUGCGUGUGAGAGCACUGCCUCAGGUAUCCAAGGCAUUCAAUUAGAUAGUUCUCAUCCGUUCAGCAGUUUCUUUUAUCUGAAAAGGGGAGGGGAGUGAUAAUUAGAUCAAAUUGCCAAUAUAAGCUUGUUCGUGAUGUAUUUGUUUUUUGUUAUUUUUGUUAUUUUUUUUUUAAAUACAUAUCUCGAGCAUCUCUCACUAGAUGGUUUGGACUUUAUAGCCCGUGAGAUUUAAAGCACACUCCUUUUGACACGACUUCCUCUCACAGCGUUGAAGAGUUUGAGAUGAAAGGUACGAAAACCCGCAAAAGGGACCUUGACUUGCAUGACGGAAAUGCAUUUAACUUUAAUCGAGAUUUUUACGUAUAUACAAACGUGUCCAGGUGUCAGUGUUGGGUGAUGACCAUGUGAUUUCUAUUACACUCAUAUUUUUUGUUGUAGAAAGAGGAUAGGCACACGCAAAUUGCGGCCAUGACCUGGCUCCCCGUUUUAAGUCCGUUCCGACGCGCGACAUCGUUUUGUCCGCCAGCAGCUUCCGGUUUUAUAACAUGUUUUUAAAAGUGUCUGCAAAACAAUGAAGCAAAAAAAAAAAAUGUUACAUCGUUUGUAAUUGUUUGUUCCUGCACAUCGUUGAACAAAGCGGCGAGUCCUCCUUUUUUUAGUAUCAUGCUGAGUUAUAGCAGAUGGGAAUAUCCAUAUUCACUCGAGCAUAAUGCCCGUGAACGUAUUGUUUUGGGUUGGGUAUGAAAUUCUGUCUAUUUUUUAACUGUCACCCAGAUUAACGAAUAUCUCCUUUGCUACCCAUCUGCUGUUGUAGCGACGGAGCCUAACACUGAGCACGAGUGUGUGUCUUUUAAUGCAAAAUGAUUUGGGAUUUUUGCCACUUCAAAAGCCCAAGUUUUAGAGUUACUUGGGUUAAGAUCUUAACCUUGAUUUUUUUUAAUUCAUCCAAAAAUAAUGAGGCGGUGUAAAAAAUAAUCUUUCGUUCUCAAAUCAUGCAAAAUCACUCAUAUAUGUGCGUGCCGGCUUGCAUGCGUUUGUAACAUGACUUCAGGUCAGGUGGCUGCAUUUUCCUGAUGUUUCCAUCAGGGAACUGUGUCAUGAUGUUGAGAAUGAGGACGCUGAUGAUGGCACUGAUGAUGAGGCCUGAGAUUUGAGGUUAAAACGUUAAACGCAGAACAACCAAGGGCUGUUUUAGCUUGAAAGGUUUAUCAUCCUGUCCUUUCUGAGACAAAUGUCAAUGAAUAUGGCAACAAAGGUUAAAGCCUGACUACACAGCAAUAAAUGUUCUUUGU